AGUUCCCUCAUUCUGUGUAGAACCAUUAGUUUUGGGACACCAGCACUUACUCAUUUCACAGAGCAUUUCUGAGUGAUACUUGAUUAGCUACUAUGAGCCUGCUACACAGUGGUAACAGUUGUGGAGCCCGAGACUUGGAAAGUGGCUGCUGUGCAGCCAUGGCCAGUGCCUGCAGUGUUGGAGUGAAAGAAGAUAGUGUAAGUGUCAGCAGUGGGACUGGAAACCCUCCAAGCUCUUUCUCAGAGGAAACUCAAGGAUAUGAUGUGGAGUUUGAUCCGCCCUUGGAAAGCAAAUAUGAAUGUCCAAUCUGUUUGAUGGCUCUUCGGGAAGCAGUGCAGACACCAUGUGGACACCGCUUUUGCAAAGGCUGCAUUGUCAAAUCAAUAAGAGAUGCUGGUCAUAAAUGUCCAGUAGACAAUGAAAUUCUGCUUGAAAAUCAACUUUUUCCUGACAACUUCGCUAAACGAGAAAUCCUUUCAUUAACGGUGAGGUGUCCCAACAAGGGCUGCUGUAUGAAGAUGGAGUUGAGGCAUUUAGAGGACCACCAGCUGCAGUGCGAUUUCUCCACUGUGGAGUGCCCACAGUGCCAAGGAUCCUUCCAGAAGAACCACCUAAAAGAGCACAUGACACAAGAGUGUCCUAGGCGUCAAGUCUGUUGUCCAAACUGUGCUACAUCGAUGGCUUACGAAGCUAAAGAGCUUCAUGACCAAACCUGUCCACUAGCCAAUGUCUUUUGCGAAUAUUGCAAUACUGUGCUCAUCAGAGAGCAGAUGCCAAACCAUUAUGAUAAUGAUUGUCCUACUGCUCCCGUACCAUGUUUUUACAGUGCCUUUGGAUGUCCUGAAAAGAUGCAGAGGAAUGAACUGGCACGACAUAUGCAAGAGUUCACUCAGGUUCACAUGAGAAUGAUGGCUCAGAGUUUUCAAAGUAUCAGUGUUACAGCUACGAAUCCUGUACCCUUUAUUAAUGGCCUACCCUUUGAGCCUACUCUCUUCUCCCAAGGCUCACAUGCCCCAUACGAUUGUAAUCCAGAAGUCGAAAACUUCAAAGAAACUAUUCAGCAGUUGGAAGGUCGUCUGGUAAGACAAGAUCACCAAAUCAGAGAACUGAUUGCUAAAAUGGAGACUCAGAAUACUCACAUGGCAGAACUCAAACGUACUAUCAGAAAUUUGGAGGGAAGAAUUACUGAAAUGGAGGCGCAACAAUGUAAUGGUAUUUAUAUCUGGAAGAUUGAGAACUUCAGUGGACUUCAGAAAGCCCAGGAAGAGGAGCGACCUGUUGUGAUGCACAGUCCUGGCUUCUAUACUGGAAAACCAGGUUAUAAGCUGUGUUUGCGUCUACACAUCCAAUUACCAAAUGCUCAGCGUUGUGCUAACUUUAUAUCUCUGUUUGUUCACACUAUGCAAGGAGAAUAUGACAGCCAUCUGCCUUGGCCUUUCCAAGGCACAAUACGACUUUCCAUUUUGGAUCAAUCAGAAGGACCUGAAAGGCAGAAUCAUGAAGAAGUAAUGGAAGCCAAGCCAGAGUUACUAGCCUUCCAGAGACCAACAAUUCACCGCAAUCCAAAAGGUUUUGGUUAUGUGACUUUCAUGCACCUGCAAACCUUGAAGCAAAGAACCUUUGUAAAGGAUGAUACUCUUCUGGUGCGUUGUGAGGUUCUAACACGUCUGGACUUGAAUAGUCUCCGCAGAGAAGGAUUUCAAGCUCGCAGUACUGAUGGGGCUGUUUAACCUGAAAGUCUUAACCAAAGGAAUGGAGCCUCUGGUCAUGUUCUUCAGCCAUGGAUUACAAACAUAUUUCCUGGUUUAUGUAGACAGAAUGUGUAAAGAUCAUAAAAUUCAGUGUCUGAAUCAGUGUCAGUUUGCAAGCUAACGUAGUUGACCUUCACCUGAAUAGAACUUGAUGUUGCUGGUACACAGUAUUUUUUCUCCUCUGGGGUCAUGUGUUUAAAUAUUACUUAUCGUCUCUUAAUGUAGUAAGCUACUUCUGGAGCAAGCUAACUAAAUGAAGUGUUGUUAAUAAUCAAAGCUUAAUUGUCCGCAGAAGAAUCCUGCUGACGUACCUGGACAUCUCUGCUUGGUGAAACAAAAGUCAUAUCAGAGAAGACCUAUAAACUUUUGUGCCUCCGUGCCUUGGUAUAGCUGUACCUAUGCUGUAGCAGGGAAAUAGCUAAAUUAAUAAUGUUGAGGGUUUAGGGAGGGGCGGUUGUUUUUUUUUUUACAGGACCCAGGGAAGAUUUGCCUUGGGGUUGAGAUGGUUUCUGUAUUGACUCAUCAAGAAUUUUGAAUUGGCUGUGCUUCUCUUGAAAUCUUAAAUCAGAUUAAGGCUUUGCCAACAUCACCUAAAGUGAGAUAUGCUGUGACCCUUCUCUCCUGUGAAGCUAGCUUCAGGAAGUUGCAUGUUGAUGUAGAGUUGAUAUUAGAAUUUCUGAAAGGUGUGGUAGUGUUGUGGAGAAGGCUAAAUGACUCUGAGUUGAGUUUACUGAAGAAACAUGUAGGAUGGUCUGAAAGCACUCCUGAAAGCAUUCUCUUCAUUUGAGCAAUCUUUUUGUAAGUUUGUAUUCCAGGCCAACAGUAUCAAUCAGUGUUGCUAGAGAGACUGUUUAGCAUUAGAAUGGGAUAUUUCUGUGCUGGUAGGACCUCCUUCUAGUGCUAGACAUUUUUCAGGUUAUGAGUGGAUACACAAGCAAAGGUGUGUACUAACUAGAUGAAGUGUUCCAGACUCUUCUCCCCCAACCCUGGUUGGUCAAACCUGAAUUUGCACCAAAGUUGAACUUGUGACCUAAAAUUGCAUCUGUUCGAGUGAGUCCAUGGUAUUCUGGGGACAUACAAUGGUCUCCUGUUAAUUCUCAGUGGACAGCUGGCCAUAUCAACAUCCAGGAGUCAUAGGUAUUUCUCUGUCACAUUAGACAAUAGGAGCUGGCCACCCUCAACAUUUUGGAGGGGAAGAAAAGCCUUCCAGUUAGUGGGAGGGUAAGAGUGCAGUUCUGUUUGCUCUCCAGAAGAAAAUUCUGGCUUCUAUACUGACCCAUGUACCAAACACUAGAUGUGCUAUUUAAAGAAUUCAUGAGCUUCUUAAAAUUGCAUGUAUUACUGUUUUCUAUACUGAGUGUAUGCUAUAUAAAUUAGCUUUGACCAGUCAAACCUGAGUAGUUCAAUUUCACUGGUGCUAACAAAAGUUUUUAAUUUAUCAUGGUGCUGGUAAAGUUCUGGAUUUUGCCCUUAAAAAAGGGGGGGGGGGAAUUGUUCAUUCCACGUCUUAAGUACACGGACAGAUACAGAAAAAGAACUAAGCCACACAUAAGCAUAUGUACUCCAUUAUAUAUCCAAAUAGUGAAACAACAUAAAGACUUAAGACACUGCCACUGAAAAGAUACUGAAAGCAUCCUGGGUAUCUAACCCACCUAAGCAAUCCAGAAAGGAUCAUCAUGUCGGGAAAGUGCAUACUUAAUACAUAGAAGGCCAAUGAAAGAGCACUGUAAUAUUAUUGAUUUGGGGGUUUCUCUGCUUACCUGCAUGAGGUCAAAAAUUCCAGGAUGCAACAUACCACUUUUUUCAUCAUAUCCAGCUGAAUAAAGUUUAUUUUGCAGAUGGAGCCUAUUAAUUGAAGAGGGAUUAUGUUCAAUGGAGUAUUGCCACUACUGAAACCUGAACUUCCUGGCUAAUGGUAAAUGCAGACAGUCUCAUUGACUUUAGUCAUUUUACUUAGACUAAUUAUAUGCACUUAGAGGACAGGUGAGCGUAUAUUACUCAAAAUACAAAAAGAUGAUGCUUUAGAACUGUCUUUUAAGCUCUCUUUAAGUAGUUUGUUACAUGGAAUAGCCUCAACCUAUUAGCAGAAUUGUUUGAGAGUGUUACAGUUAAGCAUUCUUAGCAAUUAAACCAUUCUUAACCAAGGACUUUUAAUGUAUGUAAACCCAGAUCCAAUAAAUACAGAAGUCAGUUCUUGACACUGUACCUUAGUUCUCCAAACUUUAUCAGGCUGAUAGUUCUCUCCUUUUUUGUUUUUUUUUUUUUUGUUUUGUUUUUGUUUUUUUGUUUUUUCUGAAGAUGUUCAAAGACUACUAAUGUUCUCUCUUUUUCAGGAGAAAGGUAAGAAAAAGAUUUGUAAUUUGAGAGUUUCUUCCUGCCUCAGUUCCUCUCUCAGCCUCAGUGAUACUAACAAAAAUACUCCUAUUCUGUGUUCUAAGAGUUUAUAACCAAGAUCCACUAAGAGCAUUAAUCCUUUGGAAGUUUUGCAUCAUAAACCUGCAAGUACAAGAAGCUGAAUGUUUGAUUUGAGCUUUAUUUUAGUUCUAAUGGGAUUCUCACUUGGGAGGAAACUCAGUUUGGUGACAGGUUUAGGGGUUUAAGUGAAUCAGGUUAAUAUUGUACAAUAGCACAACCCAAUGGGAAAUAGAAAGCUAGCGCAUGUAUAAUACUGUAUUACCCACAGUAAUAUGAAUGCUGUAGUCACUGCUGCUACUUUACCAGUUUUGUAUCUUAAUAUUACCAGGAAAAACUCUGAUGCCAAAUUACUAUAAUGCCAGAGUUCUACAGGAAAAACCUUUACAGCUAAUUCACUAAAUAUAAAGUUUUCUGUUUUGAUGAAUUGUAAAUGUUAAUGAAAGGCUUAUUCAUCUUUUUUACUUGACUCUCCUCUUUCUCCUCUGCCUUCCAGACUACUCUGGAAGUGCAGUGCCAGAGCUUUCUCUUACAAAUAUCAUUUCUAGCUAACAGAAGAACUUCUGAGUCUAGAUUGUUACCAUCUCAGAUGUAAUCCUACUGUCCUUUAAUUGAACUUUAAGACUAGCUUCUGUUUCUGUGUGAAAAUUUACUUUCAGUGAAGUAGCCUCUUUUUCCUCCUUUCCUCCAAUCUUAUCUCUUCUUCUGAGAAAUCAUUAUACUAUGGUGUAUUGAGCAGAAGGGUAUGCAGCCCUAAAGCAAAUCUGGAGUAAUACGGGGAUUGAACCAGUUUCAUUUUUUCAGGAAUGGAGUGCCUUAGCUCUGUAACUGUAAUACUUUGCUGCAUUAUUGGAUCUCAAGGUAUUUUAGAAGGUAGCUUAGCUUUAUCUUUCAAGUUUUUAUUGUCUUGAACAUAUUUAAAGUCAGACAUUCUUAGUGUAUGUAUUUGCAGAGAUGCUAUGACACAAGUUUUCCAAGUAUAAUAUAUUGCAAAUCUGUUUUCUUUUUGCCUCUGAAUGUCUUCCCCUGCAGGGCAGGGAAACUUAUUUUACUGAAAAUGUUGCUAUGUCAUGUAUAUACGAAAGAUCAGAUACAUGAGAUGUAUAGACUUGUGUUUCGGUGGUCUCAUGAUAUGCCUGGUCAUGUUUUCUAUCAAGGGGUUAAACCUUCUAAUGAAAUAAAAUGGCCUUCCUGUUCUUAUUUACAGAUAUUUUCUCAUCAAAUAUAUUGAUGGCUGAUACAAAAGGUUAUUCUGGGGUCACUAUUAAAGGUUUGCGUUGGUUGCAUUUGAACAGAAUGGAAGUGCUCCUGUUCUCUGGGAAGUAUCAAUAGAUUGUUUAAUAUAUUUUAUAAUUAUGCACAGCUGUAUUUCUGACAGGAUUUUGAAAAAUAAACUAAUUAAACUGU